AUGAGUUACGGCUACGGCUACAACUAUUACCCUGGUAGUAGGACACAAAUUGAUUGGGGGCAUGUACAGUUCUCCGAUUUCUCAAAUGUCCAAUACUCCAGACCCGAAUUUUCAGAUGCGGAGGAUGAUCCUGGAAAGGAUGAAUAUGAAGGUGGAUACACACAACAAUCACUAAUGAGAGUGCCUACAGCACCUACACCAUCACAGCCACUUUCAAAGAAAGAUAAGAAGAAGUUGAAAAAGCAAAAAGAGAAGACCGCUGCAGCUGCAGAAGCUGCCUUUGUGCCACCUCCAGCACCAGACCCUCCAGCAGCUCCAGCGCCAACUCCAGCAGAUGAUGAAUCCCCAGCAGCCACAACGUCCGGCAAGAAGAAGAGCAAGAAGAGCAGGAAGAAGGAAAAGGAGUCCAAGUCUCUUCCAGUUCCUCCUCCUGUGCCAAUUCCCCCACCUCCAACUGUCGAGGAGAGCAAGGAGGCGGGGAAGGUAGAGGAGGAAGCAAAGGAGGAGACUGAAGGACCUGAAUUGACUGGAACACAGGACACGGCCAAUAACGAAGACUCACCAGCUGUAGGACAAGAGGUUACCGAGACAGAGACAACAUCAGAAGAUAUGGCGUCGAAGAAGAACGAGGAGAAAGAGGAGGCACCCAAGGACACUGACGGCAAGGAAACACCCAAGGAACAAACAUCCCCUGAGGAGGCAUCCCAACGGGAGGACCCUCCUUCGACCGAAAUAUCAGCUGCUGAGGCUGAAGAGACACCCGUCAAAGAGGAAGCUCCAGCCCAAGAAGGCGCACUCAAGGACGAGGGAGAGGCGCCCCAACCAGAAGGCCCCUCAGACGAUACGCCAAAUGAUGAACCGGCAAGCGAAGAAGGCAUUUCGAGUGAGAAGUCCGCAGUUGAUACCCCCGAGCCCAAAAACCCUGCGAUUGAUACACCAGGGGAUGAUGCUCCAACGGCAGGCGAAGUAUUAGUCAAAGAAGAUGCACAUACUCCAGAGGAAGCUUCCGAAGAGCCCGCACUAGCAGAGAAGGCUACAGAAGACUCGCCUGUAACGGAACCCCCCAAGGAAGAUUUUCUGGCGACUGAGGAAACACCUUCCACAGAGGAGGCUCCUACCGGUGAAGAGUCUCCAGCUAAGGACCAAACUUCAGUUGAGCCAGAAACAUCCGGGACGUCGGAGAAGGAUGGCGAUGGUGAUGACAAGCUUACAGCUGCCGUCGAAAUAAAGCCUCUGAAUAAAAGUCAGAAGAAGAAGAAGAAAGAGAAGGAAAAGAAAGAGAAAGAGAGAGAGGAGAAGAAGAAGGCAGCUGCAAAAGCCGAAAAAUCUCAUCAUCACAAGUCCAGGCACUCACAUUCAUCGAAAGACGCGAACAAUUCCAAGGACGAUACGCCUGACUCACCAAAAACCACAGAGGAUGAACAAGGGAAGAAAAGCAGCACAGCUGAUCCGGCCGAGAAGAACAACGACGCUGAACUUGGAAUUGAUUCCAAACUUGCUGAUGAGACCCCCUCCUCCCUAGAACAGGUGGCACUGGUUCAAGGAGCGAAGUCCGGAGAGGAGCCUGAGCCUUCUGUGGAUGCGAAGACCGCAGAAGAGGUUGCACCAAUAGAAGAAGUGAAGCCUAAAGGUGAAGCUCCAGCGGAGGAUUCGAACCCUAAAGAAGAAACACAAGUCAGUGAGCCAACGCCAAUAGAAGAAACCUCGACAGCAGAAGCGAAGUCUGCAGAAGAGGCCCCCCCCACGGAGGAAGUAAAACCUCCAGAUGAAGCUUCAGUGGAAGAUCCAAAACCAACAGAGGAGAUCUCAACAGAAGAAGUCAAGCCUGCAGAAGAAGCUCCUGUGGAAGAUCUAAGACCAACAGAGGAGAUCUCAACAGAAGAAGUCAAGCCUGCAGAAGAAGUCAAGUCUGCAGAGGAAGAAGUAAAUCCUGUAGCCGGAGGAUCAGACGAAGAACCAAAGCUCACGGAAGAGAUCCAAGCAGAAGAAGCGAACCCUGAGCAGAACUCAAAGCACACCGAUGAGAGCCCGACAGGAGAAAAAGUUGCGGAAUCCGAAAUAGAACAUGGACCUGCAGAAGACACAACCUCCUCUUCCGAAGAUCUGGCACCUGCUAAAGAAUCAACAACUGAAGGAGACUCAAAGCCUCAAGCAAGCGAAAUUCCAGCAGAGAACCAAGCCUUGCAACCCGAGGUUGAAGCCCAGCCUGCAAACGAGACAUCAUCUUCGCUUCCGCUUCCGCCCUCAGAUUCUGAGAUAAAUCGCACAGGGGAAGCUUCAGCCGAAGAGGAGGGACCAGAUCCAGGUCCUACUCCUGCGCCGCCUACGGAAGAGGCUGCCCCUGAAGCUGCCAGCGCUGACGAGGAUAGUAAGCCUGUAGAAGCAGCUGAGACCUCUGGGACAAUGAACGAUUCUAGUGAACACAACGCCAUAGAGGGGAAUGAAGAUGCCACUUCCGUAGCAGCUUUGGAAUCCGAUGCUUCUGCUGGAGAUGAAGCUGUAGUUGCUGCCGAAUCAGAAGACGAUUUGAAACCAGGAGACACAAACCCUGUAGAAGCAGGAGUCGAUGCUGCAGUGAAAGAAACACCAGCUGGAGAUCCAGUAGCCCAAAUGGCGAGCGAGGCUGUUGCGGGUGAGAAGGACGAGUCUAUUCCCGAGGAAACACUAUCGCCGGAGAACGCUGGAGAUAACGAGGAGCCUGUCAAGUCAGAUGAAAUAGCACCUGGCGACAAGGAAGGCACCGAUAUAACAACAGCUAUUGAUGUUGAUGAUAAGCCUGUUAAAACGGAAGUUCCAGUGGUUCCUGUUGAUACGGAGAAGUCCUCUGACGGAAAUGGCUCGUCUCCUGAGACGGAAGUUGCCUUGCCGAAUGACAAGGAAACUCCAAUACCAGAAGACAAGCCUCGUGAAGAGGACCAAGUGACUGAUGCCAAACCAUCUGAAGUACUUGGGCUAGAAGCAGAAAUCACUCAGGAUGAACUGCCCAAGGAGGAAAUAUCCAAAGAAGAUGCCUCUAAGGCAACAGAGCCGACAGAAGAUGCAGCAGUUGUUGAAGACACAACUACCACGGCCGCGAAGAAGAACAAGAAGAAAAAGAAGAAGAAAGGCGGGAAGAGUGGCAUCGCGACACCCCAGCCGGAGCCGGAGCCGGAGCCUGCUGUUGAGUCUGCUGCCGCCAAAGCUGACUCCGUUGAAGCAGAAGUCGGAUCUUCGAAUGACCCUGUGACUGAGGAGGAUGUAAAGCCUGUGUCGUCUACAGAGCCUGGGUUCGACAGUGUUACUGAGCCUGAAACUGUCAGCAAAGCUGAAGUUGAAUCCCCCAUCCAACCUCAUGAAACUCCUCCUGAGACCAAGACUGAACCCAAAGCCUCUCCAGAAGACUCACGUGAGCUUAUGACUGCCGACGAUCAAGAGGCAAAUCAUGAAACUAUCGAGGCAGAAGGCAGUGGUGAAACCGAGAUUGUGAAGCCGGCGGAUUCUGGAGAGGAAACGGCCAAUGAGGCUGAGGCAACUGUCGUUGCAACCACAAGUGGUGCUAUCCCGGAAACCACAACAGAACCUACAGGAAAGAGUGAGGAGGCUAUUGAUACGACCGAGAAAGCUGGAAGUGAUGUAGAAAACGGCUCCAUGAUCUUGCCUGAAGCUGAAGAUGCCUCUACAAAGGAGGAACCGCAAAAAGCCGAGCUUGAUGCUGAGCCCACAAAAGACGCACCUACAGACGAUCCCAGCAAUAGAGAACUCGACGCUUCAGACACAGAGAGCAAGAAUAGUAAACCGACCGAAAACAGCUCGAUUGAUGAUGAAUCGAAGCCUGAAACUGUGCCUAUUGCCGAAACCACGCCAGCCGAAGCUUCUCAAGACGAAAACUCUGACAAACCUGAGAGCGGUGAGCCAGUUGCUGUUGAUCUCACGACGGGCCAAGCUGAAGUGACACCAGAAAACGGAAGCUCCAGUGAUGAUAUUCCGGAUAGGCAAUUGGAUCCAGCUGAGUCCAAGGCUAGCGAGAUUGGGGAGGCCCAGGAAGAGUCAUCGAAGCCACGGGAAGGAGGGCACGAACAACCUGAUGCUACUACAGAAGAUCCAGAAGAUCCAGAAGAGGCUGCAGAACCCGCAUCAACUGUCAGUCCUGAUACGAAUGCUGUAGUAAAGAACGUUGAGCCUGAAGAUGCAGUUACGGAGGCGAAGGGCGACAGCUCGGCGGAAAAGAGCGAACCUGAAGCUGCGUCUAAGGAAGCAGACAACAGUGCUAAUCUUCCCGAAGUGACAACGCAGCCACCUGAGGAUGGCAUGGAUACGAAAAGUGACUUGAUUGCCGAACCCGUUGUGCAAGAGCCAGUGCCAGUCGAAAUGGAUAAGCCAGUGGUGACUGAAGGAGAAGUUAUUGAACCCCUACCCACAGAGCCGGAGGAUGAGUCUCCUAUUCUAGACACCUCUACCAAGGAAGCCGAUGAACCGGACACUCCCACUGGUGAUGCGACUGAACCACUGUCAGAAGAGAAACCAACAGAUGAUACUGAAAUGGAAUCGUCCGAUGUAGUCGCUGAGAAAGCGCCAAAGACAGCGGAUGAAACGAUUGAAGUGCCUGAGGUCAAUGCAGAAACUCUAGGAGAAAAGUCAGAAGAGCUGAGUCCCCAAGAGGGAAAUACUUCUGAGCCUGCUUCAGAUAGACCUCCCGAAUUAGAGACGCCCAACGAAACCGACGCCAAGGGAGAUCCCGAGGAAAAUCACAAGGAUCCUAGCGCUCCUAGCAUAUCCGAUUUUGAUGAGGCGAAGGCUGAAGUCAACAUUGAGGACGGCGAAACCCGGAGCCUUGAGGCAGAGAUUACUCCAAAGGAAGAUGUUGACGAAGUCACACAAGAGAUAUCCACAAGUGGUACUGAAGCUACUAAAGAGGCGGAGGGCAUCAGCGAAAGUAUACCCAACGAAAACGAAAACGAGACUCGAAUACCAGCAAUCCCAGCAGAAGACGACACAACAUCAGUCGAAAACACCUCGAUCUCCAAGGAAGAGCCAUCAGCAUCUGAAAACCCGGUUCCUGAACAGAGGACCGACCCGGUUGAAGAGAUAUCAAGUACAAACGAGAAGGUAGAGAAUGAAUCAACGCCCUCCGUCGGCAACCCAGACCAAGAUGAAUCUGCCUCGAACGACAAAGAACAGGAUGUGCCACAACCUUCACAACAUGCAGCUGAUGAUACCAGUGUCUCCGGGAACGAUCCUAAGGAGGUCACAGUUGCAGCUGGUGAGACAGGAACAACAGAUGAGACUGUGCCAAAUCGACUAGAAGAAGGGGAAGACAGGACCUCUGAAGAAACACCAGCUGUAGGAACACUUGCAAACGGCAACGGAACAGAGGGGGCCUCUGAAGCUUCUGACAAGAAGGAACCGGAAGCGGAAGCAGGAACAGAAACAGAAACAGGGCAUGAGGCGCUUGAGCCGGUCGGAGUGGAGAACAACGCAACAAUUGAGGGAGAACAGCCUGUGGAGGCAACUGAAGCUGCUGUUAGUCACAAUGACAAGGACAACUCCUCAGAUACUGCAGCCGAUCUACCGAAUGAGGCACCUGACGAUAAGCCUGUGGAGCCAGCGAUGGAUGCAGUUACUCAAACCUCUGAAGAGGAACCAGGAGUAAGCGCCCCGGAGGCUGAAGACGGAACCAAGGAGGAAACCAAUCAUGCUGGAGAUGUGUCAGCUGUAGACACCCUUACUGCUGACGACAAACCAGUGGAAGCUGCGGAAGCAAUCGACAAUGAAGUUUUAGACGACAAGUCAGAAGAAAAAGCUGACCUCUCCGAUACCAAGUUGGCCGCAGAAGUAUCUACUGGUGACGAACCCAAGGAAGAAGAGCCCCCUAAGGAGAUGCCAGCAGAGGAGCCUACUGCCGUUGUUGAAUCUCGAGAAGCCGAGCCAGUUACAGAAUCUUCUUCCCGGGAGAGUAAGGCAGAGGCGGAAGCAGGGACGGAGGGUGAGAUCAAGCCAGCCGAGGAGAAAGCAGUACCUGAAGAUCAACGGGCCGAGGAGGCCCUAGCAGCUCCUGACGAGCCAGAGAAAGGCUCUGAAACCGCUGACAGCAAACCAGAGGAAGAGGCUACGCCUGUCGAGGACAAGCAACUUGAAGACCCCUCAGCCCUUGAAGAAAAGCCUGACCAAGAUGGCAAAACAGCAGAAGAACAUCCCGCAGCCGCAGCCGCAGAUGCGCAGGAAGACACCAACCAGAUUACCGACGGCGGAACUGUCGAAGAGCCUCCCAAGCCAGAGGAUACAGCUACGCCGGAGGCGAUAACGGCCCAAGAACAAAUACCUGCAGCAACCGGGGAUGCAGUUUCAAGUGUUAGCAAGCCAGCUGACGACUCCAAGGUCUCUCAGGAUGAGAUGCAACCGGAGACACAAGAGCCUCUUGCACUAGAGGAGGAAGCUAGGGCUGCUGAAGAAGUGGCUCCGGAAACCGAAGACGUCACGGUCAAAUCACCAGACGAGCCUAUUGAUGAGCCUCCUGCCGAAGCAGAAAAGAAGGGACACCAGCCAGUCAGGGACACAGACGAGGUAGAGGCCAAGGCUAAGGAAGAUGAAGAAAGCAAAGACACCCUUGGACCAAUUCCAAGUAACAAGAGACAGGCUAAAAAAGGUGAGGAACAUGGUUCAUUACACGAUACCCCUAUUGAUUUUGCACAACACUUGGGGAUUUUCACAGAGUUGAAUGAAGAGGGGGGCAAUGGCGUUUUGGAGUUUGAUUCAGACGGUAUCCAGCACCAUCAAGGAAUUCCACACAGCGAGGAAAAUACAGCACUCGAAACAGUCACUCACCACCCCAGCCAGCUGCUGGUAGCUGUAGCACCGGGCGACCAGAAUGACCAAACUCUUGCAGGAACCACGAUGCCAGGGCCACAAGAGCCUAGCUCGGGCGAAAAAAGGAGCAAUGCAGCAGCGGAAGAUAACUCCGCACCCCUAGAAUCGAAGGCCGAGAUUCUAGAUGAUGGCCAAGAGAAGUCGAUCUCAGGACAUGGACAUGUGCCUCAACCAGGUCUGACGUCUCUGUUUACGCCUAUUGACCUGGACGCUACCGAUGAUACCGGUCUGGCCGCGAGUCCCCCAGCCACCGAAGCCCAUGACAGCACUAAAAUCUCCGCACCAUAUGCUCCACACGAACAGGGCCAUUCAGACCAAUCACAGAGCGCCGUCCAGGGAUUUGCUACUGAAGGACCUGUAAAUAUCAGCCUCCAUGACCCAAUUUCGAUUGCCGAGCCCCAGCCUCAGCAGUCUGGGACUGAGAGCGAGACGCAUGUCGACGAACCACACUCAAAGCCAGCCCAGGACGUUCAUGAUGAAAAUGAGAAAUCUAGGAGAAUGGAAACAGACCUGCCAUCCGUAGUUGCACGCAGCACAUCGGUAAUCUUUGAUGAGGAUUCAGAAACUCCUGAGCCAUUACUCACCGCCGCCGAUGAACCUCUCGAUGCUCAAGACCUUGCCAGCCUCGUCGAAGCAGAAAGCGAUAAAUCAUCGCCGGGGCUGCUACAACCAGUCCCUACGCCAGAACCAUCUUCUCAUGCGCCCAAAAUUCUGGAAACUGACUUUGACAACGUGUUGCAAACGUCACGAGAGUUGACCCAAGACACGGCUAUGCGGCGUGCGGAGCCAGGAGAGCAAGAGGAAGAAGAAUCAGAUGUUUCAGAGGCUGAAUCAGUGGGCGGCGAUGUUUCGAAUUUGGAGGAACAAAUUCAAAAACUUGCAACUCCAAGUCACGUCCAAGAAUUAGAGCCAUCAGAGCUAACCAAGCUCACGGAAGCUCAAAAUGCCAUAAUCUUGGGCGAUGCCACACAGCCCAGCAAACGUGGCCUGACGGAAGAUACAGCCAUUGGAGAGCUUGAAGAUUCUGAUUCUAUCUCACGCGCCAGUUCACCAGAUGAAGUUAUUGGUUUCAAGUUCGGACCUGGAGAUCGGCCAUCUGCUUCCACGGACGCUCAGCCUGUUGAUAUUUCUCAGAGAGCCAUAGCUUCAGACGAAGAUUCAGAUGAUGAAGGCAGUAACCUCGAUGAACGGAGUGUUGCUUCCAGACCCAAAUCAAUCGACCAGGCGAUCUCGCUAGAGUGUCUCCAUGAUCGACAAGUUCAGGCUGAGCCGGUUUCUCCCGGGGUAGAUGUGUCGGCUGCUGCUUUGCACUCGGAAUCAAUCAAAUUGGAAGACGCUGCCAAAGAGACCAGUGAUCUUGAGGACUCCUGUUCCGAGGAUGACUCAGAUAAUGAUGAUUCUCAAGCCAGCCGUAAAUCGGAACCUCAGUCAGCAACUGGUAUUAGUUUGCCGGGUGAAUCCGUUCGGGAACUGAACGAGUCCGCUAUCGAAAGACAGCCAAUUCCACCAGUUUUGGUUUCAUCUAAUCUCAUCGGGGAUGAUAUCUCUGAUUCUGACGAAAAUGAUUCCGAACCAGAGCACGACUCACCGAGCUUGAGGGCCCAUGGUCCCAGAGAGGACCUACUUGUGGGAGCCCAUGCGCUUGCUCUUGGUGAUGAUGACGAGGGCGAGGACACGAAUGAUGAUGACGAGUCUGAUGUAGACCAAACUCAUAUCGUCCAUAAAGUCAACUCUCCAGAACUGCAACCAAACUCUGUGUUGCAGACCACUGGUGCUCGACGUGGCUCGCCUUUUAAUGAUGAUGAACCAUCCGAGCCGCUUGAACCUACAGAUCUAAACCUUGCAGUCGUUGAUGAGCAGCCCAAAGCCUGUCCAGAUCGCGCAAUAGACCAAUCUGAGGAGCUGGACCCUUCUGAUUCUACUUCAUCACUGUCGACGGCUACAGAUAUUAAAAAAAGAGUGGUUUCUUCUGCUCAGCACAGCUCUCCACACAAUGGUCUUCCGCACCCGGAACCUGAGACCGCCAUUCCAGAGCUAGCUAUUACUGCCCAAAGAGAGGCAUCGUCUGGAGCCAAAUCAUCUGUCAAUCUCUCCACGUCCUCUUCACCUGGGUCUGUGGAUGAGGAGCAGCUCCAUAGUACCGCACUCCCGCAUAGACGGCUUGAACACUCUGAUGCGGACAGCGAAUCCAAGGUAGAAGGGACAGAGAACGAAGCCAAAACUGAACCACCGUCCUUACCACAGAUAGUGUCCAGCAAAGACGAUUCCCAUUUUGCUACUGGUGAUGAACAGAAACACCGCGGAAUAUCUACUGCUGUUGUAUCUGCCGUCCAGCCAAACCACGGCUAUCUUGACUCCGAGAAGAUGUUAGAGACUCCUACUACAGCCCCAAAUCGUGGGCUUCAGGAUAAGCACGAAUCCUUGGGAAGAGUGUUGGGUGUCGAGCUGCCAGCCGCUUCUUACGAUGGACUUCAAAUCGAAAGCAGAUCUGUCACCAGUUCCAAAGAUGACGAAAUAGAUCGACAGGCGACUGCGACAGCUGCCACUGAUGAUGAGAGUGACGAUGACCUACCUGUCUCUAGAGAAAUCUCCCCCAUUGGCAUCGACAGAAUCUCUGCACCGCACCAGCCUGAAGCAGAAACAAAUCAAGACAAGAAUGCUAGAGUGGAUGUUACUGAUAUUGAAGUAAUGCCGCCACAAGAGACCGGAACUAUCGGGACUCGAAGCACCACUCCUGAGUGGCCUGAUGAUAAACUUGAGGGCGAUCGACCAGUGCACGGUACUGAGUCUCAGAGGCGGCCGGCUCUCAGUUAUGCAACUUCAUCAGGGGCAAGGAGGGGAGUUGAAGAUGAAUUCAGGGCUUUGAGCGAGAGAAGUCAAGACGAAGAGCCAAAUCAUGACCAUACGAUAUUCGCUGGCCUUCGAGACGAACUCAAGACUCCUGAUACGGAUGAUACUCAAGGUUCUGAGCCAAAGCCCGUGCAAGCCGCCGAGGUGAAGCCUCUCGAACUCGUCCGACCUGAACACAUGGCUGUCAAGGUUGUUGAUAUCCCUUCGCGUGAUAAAGGCAAAGCAGUUGCUACUAUUCCAGAGAGUCCAAAGAGGUCUAGCUCUACUUCACGAUCGACGCGUCUGUCCCGCACGGAGCCGCCUCGGACAUUCCUGACACAACAGCAGCGGCCACGAAGAUCGCUUAGGGUUCGUCCCGUGACAGAAGUUUACACCAAGGAUCCCAUCUUCAUCCCUGCCGCGAGCCGCCCAGUAGACACGAAGCCUAUUCAGCGGUCUCAGCCUCCUCUUGCUGAAAGCGAGCCGGCCAAGGUGCCAGUUCGUCUGCCGCCAGCGCAUCGAUCCUUGGAGUUGCACGGCGAUCCUUCAACGAUGGCAGGUCGGGGUGAAAAGGCCCCCCGACCUCGUUCUUUUCAGGCCGAAGGCAAGUCGUCCACGGGCCAUGUGAGGCACGAUCUCAGGCAUCCUGCAGUCACGAUUGAAGAGGGGCUUCGAGAUGCUGCAUAUCGAGCUGCCCCCUCAGCUGGCUCCACUGUCGAGACUGAAGUCCAGAGAUCGCCGAGUCCUGGCAUCGUGAUUCCAGAUGCAGAUAUGAUUGAUCUACAGCGAGCCCGUACCUUAAGGCGUACACGAAAGACCUCAAUUCGACGUGCUGAGGAUACGCUGGCCGCCGCCGUGGUCAUAUAUGCAACUGCAGAGGCCCUCAGUCCUCCCGGCAGCCCUUCGCCUUUCACUUACCACAGAAACGGAGGACUUCCUAACCUGGAGCAUCAAAUGGAUGCAGAGCCCAAUGAUUACAAUUUUCCAGCUGUUUCUCCUUCUUUGAGGAGCUUUGAUGAUGAUAUCGAAGAACUUCACAAGUCUAAUGCUGACUUGUUUGCAGACGAUAGGAGCAGAGAAUCUGACUCGUCGCGAAGCGAUAGAGACAGAGAUAGACAUCGUAGGCGCCGUCAUUCUCAUCACUCGAAUCGCUCCAGCGGAAGCCGUGGUGAGGAGGAUAGGGAGCGCAGAUACCGUGGCGACGACGAGAGGCGAGCUCAUCGACCUCGAGAGGAAGACGAGGGCCGCCAUCGCCGACUGUCUCACCGCGAAGGCGAGUCUCGAUAUCGACGCCAUCGUGAAGAAGAUGAAACGCAAGCUCGCGACUCACGUGGUGAGGCUGAGGCUAGACCCAGGAGCUCUCGCGGUCCCGAAGAGCCAAGAACCAGAGGUUAUCGCCGAGACGAGGACUCACGGCCACGUGAAUCUCGGAGAGCCGAAGAACCAGCUUCACGUGCCCCGCCCCAGGAGGAUGAGGGCCGAGAGCGCAGACGACGAUCAUCUGGUACUCAUCCUUAUCGACGCCAUCGAUCCGAUACGGUCGAAUCGGGUCCUCCAGGCACCCCACCUAGAACGCCACGACGAGACAGUGGUUUUUCUGCCGACAAUAGUUCUGGAAGCUCUGGCCGCAAACGUCGGACCCCUGAGGAACAAGCUGCCCACGACAAACGCAAAGCAGAAAGGGCAGAACGGCGAGCACGAGAGGAAGCUAGCACAAGGCGUGAACCCUCAGGAUAUCGAGAGGAAAAGGAGAGCAAGGGUAAAGAGCCUGUUCGUGAACAAGAACCAAAACCAGAACCAGAACCAGAGCCUCAGCCGUUGCAUGAGCCCGGACCGGAUCGACGACAUCGCCGCUCGCGCCGGCAUAGCCAUUCCGAGAGACCUCGAUAUGAAGAGCCUAGGGAACGUCCUCGAGAGGAACCCAUCCCGCCCGCUCCCGUGCCUGAAAAGAAGUUCUUUGCCGUCAAGAACUCAGAGGGUAUCCUAGGCAGUACCACACCGCCACGUGAGGAGCCUGUGAUAGCCGAACCUGUCAGGGAUCGAACGAGGGAGGCCCCGCUGGAGGACUCACCUAAACGGCCCUCGGCACGUCAUAGACGCACUCGCCCGUCUACCGAUGAACCCCGUCCUCGGUCCUCGCGCCGCCCUCGUGAGGAACCUGCCCCUGAGCCAACUCGAGACAGGGACAGGGAACGGGAGAGAAACAGGGAGAAGAGUAAGACGAGAGAUAGGGACAGAGACAGAGAACAGGAGCCUCGACCAGUCAAGCACGUCAGGAUGGACACGGAGGACUCUCGACGCAAAGCACGCCACGAAGAACGACGGAGAGCGCAGAUGAGGGAGGAAGAUAAGAAGCCAUCGGGCAUCAAAGGUGCAUUCAAGAAGCUGUUUAGCAAGUCUUGA